AUGGCGUCCCUGGGGCAGAUCAUCUUCUGGAGCUCCAUGAUGGGGUCUCUAGGCUUCCUGGGGGCUCCUUGGAGAAGGAGCCUCCUGCUGCUGCUGCUGCUGCUGCUGCUGCGGCGGCGGCGGCUAAGACAGACCUUUGCAGGAGGCCAGAGUCAACCCACCCUGGGGCUGGGAUGGGACCUGACGAUGCUGGGGUUAGAACAGAAGGCUGGCUCUGCCGGCGGCGCAUUACCGCUGGCGAGCAUUAUUAGCAUCAUCAUUAUUUUGGCGGGAGCAAUUGCACUUAUCAUCGGUUUUGGCAUUUCAGGGACUCACUCCAUCACAGUGACGACUCUCACCUCAGCCGGGAACAUCGGAGAGGAUGGAAUCCUGAGCUGCACUUUUGAACCUGACAUCAAACUUUCUGAUAUUGUGAUACAGUGGCUAAAGGAAGGUGUUAUGGGCUUGGUCCAUGAGUUCAAAGAUGGCAAAGAUGACCUGUCAGAGCAGAAUGAAAUGUUCAGAGGCCGAACAGCAGUGUUUGCUGAGCAAGUGAGAGUAGGAAAUGCGUCUCUGAGGCUGAAAAAUGUGCAACUCACAGAUGCUGGCACCUAUAAAUGUUACAUCAUCACUUCUAAAGGCAAGGGAAGUGCUAACCUUGAGUAUAAAACUGGAGCCUUCAGCAUCCCAGAGAUGGACGUGGACUAUAAUGCCAGCUCAGAGAGCUUCCGAUGUGAGGCUCCCCGAUGGUUCCCCCAGCCUACAGUGGUCUGGACAUCCCAAGUUGACCCGAGAACCAACUUCUCAGAAGUCUCCAAUACCAGCUUUGAGCUGAAUUCUGAGAAUGUGACCAUGAAGGUUGUAUCUGUACUCUACAAUGUCACAAUCAACAACACAUACUCCUGCAUGAUCGAGAACAACAUUGCCAAAGCCACAGGGGAUAUUAAAGUGACAGACUCUGAGAUUAAAAGGCGGAGUCACCUAGAGCUGCUGGACUCAAAGGCUUCCCUGGGUGUCUCUCCUUCUUUGGCAGUCAGCUGGGUACUCCUGUCUCUCUCCUUUUACCUAAAAUAA